AUGAUUUCUUCACUCAGAUUUAAGGUAUUUAAAUAAAGCUAAGUGUAGAAUACUAUAUAGUUAUUUAGAGGAUUUGCAACACUUUAAGAAUUAAACCAAAUAUAGAUAAGAAAUCCAUUAACGAACUAAGUAGUUUAUGAAAAGUAAGAAUUAAGUCUAGAUUAAAUUAUUUCUAUUUCUAAAGAUGGAAAAAAAUCUUAAAAUGUCUGGUCAAAACUACCUUUAUAGGACAGGAAAAAAGUAUGCUAAAACUUUAAUGAUAUUUUAAAAGAAAAAAGUGAAGAUAUUUCAAAAAAUAUUUCUCAAUUUACCAGCAAACCGAUUAAGGAAUCUCAACUUGAAGUAAAAGCCACUAUUCAUAGAAUAAAAUCUUUAAUUGAUAUGUCAGAUGAAGCUCUAAAAGAUGAAAUUUUAGAAAACUAAGUAAAAAAAGGAAAAAAAUUUAUUAAAUUUAUAUCGAAGCAUCCAGUUGGAACAGUUCUAAUUAUUUCUCCUUGGAAUUAUCCAUUACUUACUGCUUCAAGCGUUUUAAUGACAUCUCUUUUAGCUGGUAAUAAUGUUUUAUUAAAACCUUCUCCUUAAACAGUAGGAGUAGCAGAUGAUAUAGAAUAAAUUUUUGAAUAAGCUGCCAGUAGCAUUUCUGAUUAAUUUAAAAACCUAGUUAAAAAUGUUUAUACCUCAAAUCUUAAAAAUUUUUAAACACUAUAUAAAUACUCGCAAUAUGUGAGCUUUACAGGAAGUAUUCAAACUGGCUUGAAAGUUCAAAAGGAAUGUAUAGAUGCUAAUCCUUGGGCAAAUUGUGUUCUAGAACUUGGAGGAAAAGAUGCUGCCUACAUCCAUAAGUCGUGUUUAAACUAUUUAGAUGAUGUAGUUAAGCAAAUUAUCAUAGGAUGCUUUACUAAUUCAGGUCAAUCGUGUUGUGCUAUUGAGAGAGUUUAUUGUGAUUCAGAAAUAUUAGAAUUAUUUUAAGAAAAACUUUUAGCAGCCGUUUAGAAUAUCAAAGUUCUUGAAAUUAAUAAAAAAGAAACAUUAAACAAUAAUUAGUCUUAGAUAGAAGUAGGGCCUUUAACAUUAAAAAACCAUGCUUAGUUUAUAAAAAAAUAGGUAGAUAAAGCAAUACAAUAAGGAGCAACAGUUUUAAAUUAAAAAGGAGGAUCAGUUAUUGAAUUCCCUUUAACAGAUUUUAACUAAGGGGAUUAAUUGGCAAGAUUAAGAGGGUAUUUCCCAACAAUAUUAACAAACGUCACUAAUCAAAUGGAUAUCGUUCAAGAAGAAACAUUUGGACCUGUUCUUCCUAUUAUAAAAGUUGAAAAGGGAUAUGAGUAGGCAAUUAGUCUUAUUAAUGAUUCAAAAUAUGGCUUAACAGCUUCUAUUUUCUCAAAUAACUAAUAAAUUGUUUAAGAAAUGAGCAAUAAAUUAAAUGUUGGUACUGUUUUAGUAAACCAAUGUUUAAUGAUGGAUCCACUUCUUCCUUGGAUUGGCUGGAAUCAAAGUGGAAAAAAUUACAGUCUUUCUAAGCAUGGUUUUGACUAAGUAACAAAGAUGAAAUCACACAAUUAAAUUUUUUAUGAAUGA